AUGUUAAAUACAUCAAUUAAACUACUAAAUGACACCAUUUACACCUACUUUGCUGGAAACUUUGGGUUUGUGGAACGUCUGCCGGAUAAAUUACUCAAUGAUAAAUACAAGAAUCACAGCAUAAAGGACUUGAAGAAAGCAUUGAAACUACUUAAAUUACCCAACUCUGAUCUUGCCGAAAUUAAAUAUGUCUCUCGUCUCGUGCGAAAUAAGCUGAAAUCUGACACAACUAAUGAUAACAUGCAUAAUAGUACCAAUGAGUCGUUUAACCACGAUAAAUACUUUGAACGUAAUUUCUGGGGAUAUGUCAAGAAAGUCAUAAAUUGCAGCGAAUCGAUUCUCCCUGCCUUCAAUAUGGACGACUGUUUAAAGUACUUUAAGACAGUCUUGACUAAGGUCAACCCAAACAAAAUAUUUCAAAAUCCAAGUUGGAUUCCAAUGUUACACGAUCCCAUUAUUAAAUUUGACCUUGAACCUCCAACUUACCGACAAAUAACAAAUAUUAUUCGUAAAAUGAAAACAUCUCGCUCACCUUGUCCUCUAGAUCAAAUCUCCAUUAUACGUUUUAAGCGAUGCCCAUACCUCCGAACAUAUUUAACCGAACUAAUUCAAGCAGUCUGGCUUUCUGGAUCUGUACCUGACGAAUGGAAGAAAGCUUGUACCAUAUUAAUCCACAAGAAAAAUGAUGCUAAUCUCCCCGAGAACUUCCGUCCAAUAACUCUUCAAUCCGUACCACUGAAAGUAUUCACUUCAAGUCUCCGUAAUGCAAUGUUCUCUUACCUACUCGCCAAUAACUUUAUCGAGCACGAAAUUCAAAAGGGCUUCACCCCUCAUAUAUCGGGGAUUUUUUUUGAACAUACAGCACAAAUGGCUUAUAUAAUCAAUCAAGCACGAAUAAGACAGCGAUCUCUCGUCAUAACCCUUCUUGAUCUCAAGAAUGCGUUUGGUGAA